UCGGGCGGGCGGGCAGGCAGGCAGGCACACAGACACUUACAGAGACUGGACGAGACGAACGACCCCCCGAGAGCGGAGCCCGUGUACGUAGUACAUACAGAUACAGCGCUGCUGUUCGCUGCUGCUGCUCCUGCAGCACAUCAUAUCGUCGCAUUGCCGAAGAAGUGACGACAGAAGGAGGAGAAUAGUGUCGGCCGCGGGAGGGGAGGCGAGGGAAGGCAAGGGCGGGCGGGAGCUGUCCAAUCCGGUCCAGCCCUGACGCACACGAACGAACCAAAGCUCAGUACAGUGCGAGAGUUGCGAGCGAGCGAGCGAGCGGCGAGAGAGAGAGAGAGAAAAGAGACGGAGAGAGGAGGUGCCGGCAGGAGGGGAGGGAGGGAGGGAAGGAAGGAAAUAAGGAGAAGGGGAAUCGUUCGGGAUUGUGAGAAUCGCCGACGUCGCGGAGGAGGCAGAGAGAGAGAGAGAGAGAGAGAGAGAGAAACGGGAAAAGAUCGAGGGGCGAGACGGAACUCGCUGCACCUGCCUCGCCUGCGGGUGCGGCGGGGAGAGGAGAGGACGAGAGGAGGAGAGGGAGGUAAGGAAGAGCAGCAGCUGCGAGAGCGCAGGACAGAAGGCACUGAAGUUCAGGAGGAGGAGGAGGAGGACGACGACGACGCAGAAAGAAAAGACAGGAUUAGGACAGGGACGGGGGCGGAAGAAAGAGGAGGCGGGGGCAAAGGGAAGUUUGGGUCAGAACGCACGCGAGCCGUCGCUCCUCCGAAAGAGCAGGGGAAAAGGGAACGGAACGAAGAUAGGGAGGGGAGGGGAGGGCAGGGCAGGGCAGGGAAGCUGGGUGGCGAGUAAAGACGGGGCGGGGUGGGAGGUAAGCGAUGGAGGUGAGGGGUCCGGCCGGGGCGAAUAGAGUUUCGGAUGAGACACUCGGGUGCAUAUUUGCGCAUCUCGACAGCCCUGGCGACCGAAAAGCCGUCUCGCAGGUCUGCCGUCAGUGGCGGCGUGUGGAUGCGAAUACGAGGAAGCAUGUGUCCAUAGCUAACUGUUACAGCGUCGCUCCUGCUGCUCUGUCCCGGAGGUUCCCGAACUUACAAUCACUGAAGAUUAAGGGCAAGCCUCGAGCUUUCGAGUAUGAGCUGCUCGUUCCGAACUGGGGUGGAUAUGCCAGGCCCUGGGUGGCAGAGGUUGCUCGAGGCUACGCGCAGAGGUUGCAGAGUUUGUGGUUGCGUCGUAUGCAUGUUACCGAUGCUGAUCUCACAUUGCUCGCCCAGUCUUGCUCGGAGUCGCUACAAGUUCUCAAGCUGCACAAAUGCUCGGGUUUUUCCACUUCCGGCAUACAUGACAUCACCACAUAUUGCAGAUCUCUCAGGGUGUUAUAUUUGGAAGAGAGUGCUAUCAGUCCCUCGGAAAGAGGCGGUGAAUGGUUACAUGAGCUGGCUCUCAAUAAUACAACGUUGGAGGAUUUGAACUUUCAGUACUUGCAUGAGUUCGAUGACAUCAGCAUUACUGAUUUAGAGGGCGUCGUAGAGAACUGCAGAUCCUUGAGAUCUCUCAAAGUCAGCGAGAUCGACAUUUUGGAUAUGAGGGGUGUCUUGAGCAAAGCCCAUAAUUUGAGAGAACAUGGAACAGGAUGUUGUGCCAGUAUCGGAGACCCCCUAAGGGCGGGAGGUGUUGACUUGCCUAGAACUAUCAUCGCUCUUUCAGGACUUUAUGAGUUGAAUGAGAUUGGACUUCCCAUGGUGGCCAAUCUUCUCCCAAAUCUGAAGAAGCUGGAUCUCAAGUACACUCUUCUGAGUGCUCAGGGUCACGUUCAGAUUCUUAGUCAUUGCGUCAGUUUGGAGGAAUUGGAGGUGAGAAAUGUGCUUGGAGAUGACGGACUCAUAAUGGUUGCUAGAACCUGCAGGCAGUUGAGGCGAAUCCGAGUUGAUGAGAGUGAUGGGGAAGGUUUCCUCUCCCCGUUAGGCAUGAUCCCCAUCGCGCAAAAUUGCACUAAGCUCGAGUUUCUUGUAAUGUAUGUUGUGGACAUCAACAAUGCUACCCUCAGAGCAUUCGGUGAAAACUGCCCAAAUAUGAAGGAUUGCCGUUUCGUUCUACUCUCGACCUUGGGAACGGUGGAUGAUUUACCUCUGGACCAAGGUGUAAGAUGUUUGUUAAAAGGGUGUCGGAAAUUAACCCGAUUUGCGUUGUAUGUCCGGCAUGGGGGACUCACUGACGAAGGCAUGGGUUACAUCGGGGAGUAUGGAGGCAAUCUCAAGUGGAUCUUACUUGGCUGUGCCGGAGAAACCGAUCAGGGUUUACUUCGUUUAGCGGUGGGUUGUCAGUCAUUGGAGAGGCUGGAGAUGAGAGAUUGUCCCGUAACUGAGGCUGGACUUGCAACUGCAGCUGUGAGCAUGAAGAACAGUCUGAAAUACAUGUGGGUGCAAGGGUACCAGGCAACUGAUGCUGGUGGUAGACUUUUGGCGAGGGCUCGCCCUUUCUGGAAUGUUGAAAUCUGUUCCGGAUCGUCUCAGUUGCCAGGCCAGCUUCUGGCGUACUGCACUCUAGCUGGGCCUCGAACGGAUUGUCCACCAGAAGUGGAUUUGUUAUCUGAGAUUGCACCAGCGCGGGAAAAUUGGGAACUAUGAUGUGAGCGCUGUGGGCGAGAACUUCAUGAAACUUGUCAGCUGCAGGCGCUAUAGCAUCUUUUUUAUUGCUUGUCUGGAUCUAGGCUGUGUUUUCACUGAUGUACACACCAUUUUAACCGUAUGCUUAACUCGCUGCUAGAAUCAGCAUCCUUGGACGGCCGCCACAGUAAAAUUAGUAAGUCCUCGCAGCUCAACAGCACUGUAACAUAGUUUGUCUUCGCAGACUAUUAAGUAUUUAUGUGGCCUCUGUAGUUUCAACACUGACAGCAGAUUAUGGUUCUUGUCAUUCUGGAGUUUCAUUUUCCCUCACCAUGUCAAGGUCAGUUUUGGGCAAGAUAUUCAGGUUGAGUACAUUCAUACUUAGCAGCUAAAAUAGAUAUCAAAGUCAUCAAAGUUAUUAUCUAUAUUAUAUAUAGGUUGUGGUACUAAAUGUUUCUGUUAUCCAUGUCAGUCUGCUUGGUGGUUUUUUGUAGUUAGUAAGUGGAGAGGGAUUUGUGUAGUCCUUCGAUUUUAUGCUAGCGGAUGUCAGAAAGGUGGUUGACUUCGUGCUCUUGUCAGUCCACCAACUGUUUUGUGCUGUGUUGGUCCCAGAAGUAAAGCGGCACGUUACAUGACGUUGUUUAUCUGGCACACCAAUUCCUGAGAUGCCUAUCUAACUCCGAGUUUGAUUUCUGUGUCGAAUCAUUAGUGUCAGGUCGAUGUUUUUGCAUUGGCGUUGUUUGACCUGAUGUUUG